UGUCGUUCCAGGUUUCUGAAGGUGACAGUGGAAUGCAAAGAAGUUUUUCCUCUAAUGUGAUACUUGAAAACAAGCAACUGCUUAACUAAUUCUCAUGAUAACUAAAUAUGACUUAGAAGCAUUAAUUUAUGAAGGUUUAUGAUGUCAUCAGUUGUCACAGGAAGCAAACUCCAGCAGGCUGUGAGCCUGCAGGGAGUUGACCCAGAAACAUGCAUGAUUGUAUUUAAAAACCACUGGACACAGGUUGUGAAAAUCUUAGAGAAGCAUGACCCCUUGAAGAAUACUCAGGCAAAAUAUGGAUCCAUCCCUCCAGAUGAGGCCAGCGCUGUGCAGAAUUAUGUGGAACACAUGCUCUUCUUGCUGAUUGAAGAGCAAGCCAAAGAUGCUGCAAUGGGACCAAUUCUGGAGUUUGUGGUCUCUGAGAACAUUAUGGAGAAACUCUUCCUUUGGAGCUUGAGACGAGAAUUUACAGAUGAGACUAAACUAGAGCAGCUCAAGAUGUAUGAGAUGUUGGUCACCCAGUCGCACCAGCCUCUUCUGCACCACAAGCCUAUUCUGAAGCCCCUGAUGAUGUUGUUGAGUUCUUGCUCAGGAACAACCACCCCUGCUGUGGAAGGGAAACUGGUUGUCCUGCUUAAUCAGCUCUGCUCCAUUCUUGCCAAAGAUCCAUCCAUUCUGGAACUCUUCUUCCAUACUAGUGAAGAUCAAGGGGCUGCCAACUUCCUCAUCUUCUCCCUUCUGAUUCCCUUCAUUCACCGGGAGGGGACAGUAGGCCAGCAGGCCCGGGAUGCUUUGCUGUUUAUCAUGUCUCUUUCUGCUGAGAACAGCAUGGUGGCCCAUCACAUCGUGGAGAACACCUACUUCUGCCCAGUACUUGCAACUGGGCUCAGUGGGCUCUACUCUUCCCUGCCUACCAAGCUAGAAGAAAAAGGUGAAGAAUGGCACUGUCUUCUUAAGGAUGACUGGCUCCUGCUCCCAUCUCUCGUCCAGUUCAUGAAUUCCCUGGAGUUCUGUAAUGCAGUCAUACAGGUGGCUCACCCCUUGAUUCGCAGUCAGCUUGUCAAUUACAUUUACAAUGGAUUCUUGGUUCCGGUCUUGGCUCCUGCUCUUCAUAAGGUGACCGUGGAAGAGGUCAUGACCACAACUGCGUAUCUGGAUCUUUUCCUGCGUAGUGUUUCCGAGCCAGCACUACUUGAGAUCUUCCUCCGUUUUAUCCUAUUGCACCAACAUGAGAAUGUCCAUAUACUGGACACUCUGACAAGCCGAAUCAACACUCCAUUUCGGCUUUGUGUGGUGUCCCUGGCAUUGUUCAGAACUCUCAUCGGUUUACAUUGUGAAGAUGUGAUGUUACAACUCAUUCUGAGGUAUCUGAUCCCCUGUAACCACAUGAUGUUGAGUCAAAGGUGGGCUGUGAAGGAGCGAGACUGUUACUCUGUUUCUGCAGCCAAGCUGCUCGCCCUGACCCCUGUCUGCUGCUCCAGUGGAAUCACUCUGACCCUGGGGAACCAAGAGAGGGAUUAUAUUCUCUGGUCAAAGUGUACGCAUGACAGCUCAGGGCCCGUUGAUCAGCCACUUGCCAAGGCGUUCUGCCCGUCGGCCUGCAUUGUGGAGUAUGGGAAAGCCCUGGACAUCAGCUACCUGCAGUACCUUUGGGAGGCCCACACCAACAUUCUCCGCUGCAUGAGGGACUGCCGUGUCUGGUCUGCCGUCUAUGAUGGAGAGUCCCCCGACACUGAGACUUUCCUCCAGAGCCUUUCUGAGGAAGGCGGUAGGAGCUCAGACUACCCUGUGUUGGGACUCCAGCACCCAUUCCCCAGUAAGCCGGGGCCUCAGCUGGCUCCGAAAAAGGAGAAGAGCCAGACGGAGCUGGAGUGGGACGAUAGCUACGACACGGGCAUCUCCUCUGGGGCUGAUGUGAACUCCCCCGGGCCCUACGAGACUCUCGAGAACUCAGGCCCCCCUGUGCCCAUUGAUCCUCCCAAACACAUCCAGGAGAUGAAGAAGAAUGCUCUCUUGCUCUUCAAAGGGGCCUACAUUGAAGAGUCAGACUUCCAGGAUGAUGUGAUGGUAUACAGGUUGUGCGCUGAGAAGGACUGUGAGGACACGAGGAACUGCCAGGAGGAAACUACAGGGGCACCAGCCAGAGCCCAGACGGAGGACCUACCCACCCCCGUGAACAACAGCCCCCUUCCCAGCCCCCAGCCAGAAACAGAUGCAGGGCAACUCAAUCCGGACAACUUGGAUUUGCUGCCAACUGUGUCCAAGGAUCCAACACAAGAGAAUGAGCCUGAGGUAGCAGCCCCAGAAUCAAACUCGCUCACAUCCCCUGUCUCUGAGCCAGAGCACAGCUCAAGACUGACAGUUACUGACACAGAGAGAGAAGAUUUCAUGGCCCAGUAUGACCAGAUCAUUAAAGAACUGGAUUCUGGCACGGAGGGCUUGAUAGAAGAGAAUUUCCCAGCCCCUGACCCUUCGCUUUUCACAACGGAGGAAGAGAGGAAGGAAGAAGAGAGCCAAGAAGAAAAGGAAGAGGGAGAGGAGGCGGGGAAGAAGGAGCUAGAAGAGGAAGAGGACGACUUUGACUCUUUCAUGGCAGAGGCUCCUGCUGAUACCGUGCCUUCCCCAUUCGGGCCCAGAGAUGACACUGCCGGUCAUCCCCCAGGGAGGACUCAGUGCGCCCCUUUCACAGGCCCCUUCAUCAGCGUGGUCCUAUCAAAGCUGGAGAACAUGCUGGAGAACUCUUUGCAUGUUAAUUUGCUGCUUAUUGGGAUCAUCACUCAGCUAGCCAGCUACCCUCAACCGCUGCUGCGUUCUUUUCUGCUCAACACCAACAUGGUCUUCCAGCCAAGUGUGCGCUCUCUGUAUCAGGUCCUUGCAUCUGUGAAAAACAAAAUCGAACAGUUUGCUUCUGUGGAGAGAGAUUUCCCAGGGCUCCUCAUGCAGGCCCAGCAGUACCUGCUCUUCCGAGUGGACAUGUGCGAUCCGGCCCCUGAGUCACUAACCAAAGAUCCCAGUCAGGACGCAUCCUGGACAGGAACUGGCAUGAACAUUUUGGACGGACCUCCAAGAGUGCUUCAGCCUUUCCUGGCCAACAGAGCCAAGGUGUGUGGGGCACUUCCAAACCUGCCCCUGCCGGUGAGGAACACCAUGCUGGCCGCCGCCCUCUUCCCAGAGUUUCUGAAGGAGCUGGCUGCCCUGGCCCAGGAACACUCCAUCCUGUGCUACAAGAUCCUGGGAGACUGCGAGGACUCCUGCUGUUAG